UUGUGGCGUUAAAAAUACAGAGAGCAGUGGCAGUAUUGCCAUGCCACUGCAUAAUUGUGAACUAAAAAAUACUUCAAAUAUUGGGGUCAUGCAUAAUAUUGAAACAAACUCCAAUCGUGAUGGUAGUGGUGACAAUCUUAUUGCAUGGGAACCAGCUAAAAGGUGCUUUGAUAAUAUAUCACUUUCAUCAUCUCAUUUUGAUGCUGACUCAAAUUGUUCUGAUCUAGUAGACACUGUGUCCAGUGUGUCAGAUGUAAGUGGCUAUGAAGAAGAAAUAUUUCGCAUUAAGCGCUUGCUACUUCAGGACCCUUCAGUACUGCCAUUAAAAAAGCAGAAUUCAAGAAAGAACUCUAGGGACCAUGGAAUGAGACUAAACAAGUGUGAAUUAUUUGUCCCUUCAGAGAGUACAAACAAAGAUCCACAUAACAGGAAUGUAUGUGAUAUUUAUCCAAGUAAAGAAAGAAGUGAUGUCCUAAAAAAAUCGGAAAGUGAACUAGCCAUAAAAUGGCAAGAAAAGUGCCAAGAGGCACUUAGACAGAAAGCACAUGUUGAAGGGCGGCUUGAAAGUCUUCUUAAGGAAAUUGAAAUAUUACGUAAAGAAAAGCAGGAUGCUAGUAAUAAAGUAAAGCUUUUAGAGAGUGAGGCAAAAUCAAGCAGAGCAUCAGAACUUACAUCCCUCUUCAGAGAGUCUGAAAAUUUGUACCUUGAAAAUAAUCAACUUCAGAAGCUUCUGAGAGAGAAAAACAAAGAGAACUUAGAGUUAAAAUCUAUUGUAGAUUUGUCUGUUGCUGAGAAAAAUAAGCUCAAGGACGAAAUGAAAAGCAUGGAAUCCAUUAAUGAAAAACUGCGUAUCGAGUUGCAGGAGCUUCAAGUGGAACUGGAGUCUAAGAUUGGAUCAGUUACUGGUUUAAAAUCAAAGAUUACAGAUUUGCACAUGGAAUGUCAGUCACUUCUUCAAGGAAAGCUGAAAGCUGAAAACAGUGUUACAACUCUGAAAAAUGAUUUGAUUUCUUCCCAGAAAUUAACUGCUUGGUACCGUGAUCAGCUGCACCUUAGCCAGGCUGCAAGAACGAAAGUACAACAGGACCUAAUGGCGUCUCAAACAAACUUGAUGUCUUACUCACAAGCUGUUGAAAAGUUAAGAGCAGAAAAAUCGCAGCUGCAAAAUUUGGUAGAUGAUUUGGAGCAGAAGAUGGUUAGGGAAAAACAGAACCUGGUCCGGAAACUUGAAGUUAUCCAAGCAGAAAUGUUCAGUCGAGAAGCAGUCCUUUUGAGUCAGGUUCACCCUGAUGGUAAUAGUGAAGGAAUUGCUUCAAAAGACCCUAAAAGUCUUGAGACUACAUCACUUCUAGAAAAUCCUGCAGAUAAAGUAUCUGAACUAGAACAGCAGGUAGAUGAGCUCAGGAAAGACAUUAUACAUCGAGACAACAGGAUUACGCAGUUAGAAGAGGAAAAUGCUGGUCUUUUAAUUAAAGCAAAUGAGUUACAAAUAAUCAUAAAUGAAAAAAAUGCAUGUCAACAAAACAUAGAAAACAAAUAUGGCCAUCUUGAAAUGUCAAACCAACAUCUUAAGGAUGCUUUAAAAACAACAGAACAACAGUUAAUGGAUAUUAAAAAUGAAAAAAUUGCCUUAGAGGUCACUCUUUCUGCAGCCUUGAGGGAGAAAGCCGAAAUAGAUUCAUCAAUCAAACAACUGCGUGAGGACAUUUCAUGUAUUCAGCACAGUUACACUGCAAUGAAAACAAAAUUGCUCGAAAAAGAGAAUGAAAUAAUUGACAUGAAAGAAAAACUUGAAGAGAGUAAGAGAAUUUAUACAAUGAAAGAACAUGUACAAGGUGAACAGACAAACAGUUUAAACUGUAAACAAAAUAGCACCACUGAAUUUAAUAAUGUGGAACAGGAGCUUCAUGAUUUGAAGAAUGAAAACCUCAAACUUAAAGAUCACGUUUUUGAGUUGCAGAAUUCUUUAUCAAUAGCUCAGUCUAAUGACUCUAAGUUACAAGAAGUUCUUAAGUCACGCGAAGAAGAACUGCAUACCCUUUCUGCUCACCUUGAAACAAUCAGGGAAGAGGUAGACUCUAGGAAUAAAGGUAUGUUGGAGCUAAAGGAAAGACUACAGGCAGUUGAGGAAACAAAUUUUAAUAUGAAAAAAGAACUGGAAGACAGAACAAAUCAGAAUUGUUCACUGUUGAAAGAAGUAGAUUUAUCUAGAUUCCAUCUCCUACAGACAGUUGUGAUACUAGAGCAUAUAAAUCACAGAGCACAUGAAAGAAAGGAAGAGAUUAACAGCAAAUUUGAAAACAUAAUUAAAUAUGUUGAGGGACUUAACUGUGAGCCAGAAAUAUCUCCUGUUCAAAUAACAUCAACUCUUACUGAUUGGCUGGAGUCAGGACUGCAGAUGUUUCUUGAAAAGUGUAAUAAUUGUGAGCCUGAAGCCUCACAUAUUGAUAAUAAGUGUCAAGUGAAAGAAUGUAAUGAGGAAAACUUCUUAGCUACCUGGGUAUUUAAACUGGUAAAAGUGACUGCAGUUCUUAAAUUCUUAUCAGACUACAGACAAAAUUUACUAUUAGAAGCAGAAAAAUUAAUGCCAUUGAGGAAUUGUUUGGAAGAAGAAAUUGGAGAACUAAAUAUAAAUGUUUUUCAGAAUUCAUUGUGCAGUGCAAAGGGGUUUAAGCUGGUAGAUAAGCCACAAAGUGAUGUGCUUAGUACAACAAAAAAUAAAAAUGUAUGCAACUUUUGCAAACAAUAUGACAGAGAGUGUGUUCAGUAUAGGAAAGAGAUUGAAACUUUAAGAUGUCAGAAGACAAAACUGGAAUCUGAACUUCAUGAAAAAUACAGGCGUUAUGAAUUAAACACAAGAAUUUUACUGAAGAAAGUGAAAGAACAUUUAAGAUGUCGCAAAGCAGCGGAGAGACAACUUCAGCUUUUUCAAAUGCAGAUAGGCAUACACAAAGAUGAAUUAUGCAAAGAUGAAUCUGAUGCUGCUACACUUCAGGCAAAAAUUAAAAAGCUAGAAAUUGAGUUAGAGAGCAGCUACAAACAGUUAGAGCAACAGAAAAAUUUAGCAGAAAAAUAUCAGAAUAAUUUGUUGGAACUCGAAAGAUAUAAAGGUAAAUUGGAGCAGCAGCAGAGUAUGAUACAACAAACAGUAAAUGUCAGUGACAUUGAAAUUCCUACGGUAAUUGGCCAGCUUGAUGAAAAAGCUAAGGAAAUGAAAUAUCAACAAGCACUUGCUCGAUUACAGGAGGCUGAACAACAAGCUGAUCAUUAUCUGAAAACAAUUGAAGAAUUAAAAAGAGAGAUAUUUCUCCAGAAAACUGAAAAUUCACAGCUGAGGAAAGAGCUGAAGAACUUGGAUGUGGAUUUAACCAAUGCCCAUUCCAAAUUAGAAAGAAAGUCAUCAGAACUAAUGCAUGUAGAAUCCCUAUAUGAUGAAUUAACUAACAGCAAUUCUUGCCUGCAAGAACAACUGCACGCUGAACAGAAGAGAAUUGAGAAUUAUCAAGAGGAACUGGCUAAAGUGAAAAUGGAAUUGGAAGAGGCCAGAGCAAAAGAUCCAAUUUUGGAAGACCAGAUAAAGACUUUGAGUUAUCAUCUGCAUCAAAGAACACAGGAAAUUUCUGAUUUGAAAGAAAGAGCAGCUAUUGACAAGGAAAACUGGGAAGCACUUGAGAAUGGAUUUACAAGAAAAAUUGAGGUUCUUUAUAAUGAGUUAUCUGAACUAAGAAAAGAAACAGAUAUGAUACAUCGAGAUAAGUUACGCCUGCAGACUCACUCAUCAGAACUAAAGCUAGCAUUGCAGUCAGUCAUAAAACAAAAUGAAGUUCUGAAAAAGGAGUUUAUUUCUUUUCAUAGUAAGGCAAAAGACAAGAUCCACACCGUGAUACCGAGUAUCUCACCACCUCCAGCAAUUCAUAAUGAGGCACAAAUUCAAGAUCUUUUAUAUCAGAGCUCAAUAUUACAGGAAAACAAGCCCCUAAAUAACUUGCAAUGUUGUCUUGAAUCACUAAAGCAAGAAAUGACAAUGUUGCAGGAGCAACUGGCUGCCAGAACAUCACAAGAUACCAAUCAAAAUAUCACAGCAUUGCAGUCAGAACAAACUAGUGUGAAAACUGUUUGAAUUAUUUUGCAGCUUUCAUACUCUAAAUUGUUGAACUGCACUGUGCUUUAUACCAGUUAUGAAAUAUUUGCUGUGAGUUUCCCAUUUAAUGGGAAUAUGUGAACAGUAGAUAUAUCUGUGUCACCAUGACAGAUAGUGUCAAUAACAUCAAAUACAUUAAUAAAAUAUGGGACUGUGAUAGGAUGGUCUCAGAUUUUAGCUAUUCAUAAAGGCAGUGGCUGUCAAAACUAUG